GCUACGGGUUGUCGAUCUUUCUCCUCUUCGCAAAGAACAGCUCAACGAUGUUUUGCUCGAUGGUUCCGAUGAAGCAACAACAACAACCUUCCAUCGAUCUUCAGCGCGAGCCUCAACACAACGGUGUGAAGAGAAAGAAAUUUGAUCAUGGACAAUGCAAUGGCAUCCAACCAACACAACCUAUGCGAAUACUGAGUCGCAAGUACAUAUUAACCAAGACGGGAUAUAAAUAUUUCGAGCUCGGCAUCGGUAUCUCAUCCAAAGAUGCUUCACCAACCGUUGAUGUGGCUCUAGGUGACAACAAUGGGAACGAGGUGCUUUUGUCGCCGGAAAUGUGGAACACGUUGUUGGAUAACGAACGAGUCAUCACGUUGUAUUUGUCUGGCUAG